AUGAGUGCUUACUCGUCUUCAACCCAUAUCAACAAUGGCAAACAAUCGGGAGAUGAUCGUUCUUCAACGACGGGAGCUGAUGAAAACGCUUCAUCAAAGCACGCAGGUAUUACAUUAACUCUACUCUUUGCUGCGUUUGCAGCUGUGACGGGCACAUCGUUUCAUUUUGGUUAUGCUUCUGGUAUUAUGAAUGCUCCACAGGAUGUCAUCCAAGCAUUUAUAAACGAAAGCAGCCAUCAGCGAAGUCAAAACUCAUAUCUCAGCGAAUCCACAAUCACACUGAUUUUUUCGUUUGCUGUAUCCAUCUUUGCAGUUGGUGGUAUCAUCGGUGGCCUUUUUGGAUACUUUAUUACUGAUCGAUUUGGACGAAAAGGUGGAAUGCUGUUAAACAACAUUGUCUCUUCCAUUGCUUGUAUAUUGAUGUUUAUUUCGAAACCUCUAUGUACAUACGAACUUCUUAUCAUCGGCCGAUUUUUCAUUGGAGUUGCCUGUGGAUAUGGGUCAUCAGUUGCACCGACAUAUAUCAAUGAAAUUUCUCCAAAACAACUACGUGGAACUUUAGGAGUCAUUUUUCAGCUAGGAGUGGUACUUUUUAUAUUCGUUUCGCAAGCAGUCAGUCUAUAUCCAAUCUUAGGUUCCGAAAGUAAAUGGCACUAUGCUCUUGGAUUGCCCAUCGUGUUUAGCAUUGUACAAGUGGUGUCAUUGAUGUUUGUACCGGAAAGUCCCAAAUAUUUGUUGUUGAAGAAAGAUAAUAUCGAACAAGCAGAAAAAGCUCUUAAAUGGCUUCGACAACACUCCGAUCUUCAACAUGAACUAGACGAAAUACGAGAUGAAGAAACACACCAAGAAAAAUCAGUUCGUUGGAUCGAUCUGUUUCGAACGCCUAUCGUUCGCUGGGUACUAUUCAUCACUAUUUUCCUUCAAUUAUCUCAGCAACUAUCCGGUAUCAAUGCAGUUUUCUACUAUUCAACUGUCAUAUUACAAUCAGCUGGUUUUAACAAACAAGCAGCCGAAUAUGCCAACUUAGGUUUAGGUGGUGCGAAUAUAUUCGUAACCGUUCUAAGUAUUUUCCUCAUGGAUCGUCUUGGUCGACGUCUCCUACACUUAAUUGGUAUUGGCGGUAUGUUCAUCACAAGUAUUGUACUUUUCAUCUCUUUGAUGAUUCCGUCAACGGCUGUUUGGAACAAGAUUUCUUUAAUCGCGACAUUUCUCUUCGUGGCAUUCUUUGCAGUUGGUCCAGGUUCGAUACCCUGGUUGAUUACGUCGGAAUUAUUCAAUCAGGCUUAUCGAGUGCCUGCAUCAAGUAUCGCCGUGCUUGUGAAUUGGUCUGCUAAUUUCGCAGUUGGUCUGGGUUUUAAACCGCUUUUCACGGGUGUACUUGAUAAAUAUACAUUUCUUCUGUUCACUGGUUUUCUGCUCGUCUUCUUUCUUCUCACAUUUCUCUUCGUACCCGAAACAAAAGCAAAGACAGUUGAUGAAAUCUAUACAGAAGUAAACACUGGACAAGUCUGGCGUCGAUCUCAUUCGAAACAUUGCAAUGAUCGCGCUACUACCGAUGACGAUCAUGGCAUCGGACAUGACAAUAUAAUGGCAUUAACAUAG